AUGAACAGGAUACUUGUUUAUUCUUUGAUUUUACUUGUUUUAAGCUUAAUAAGUGAAGUAAAAAACCAAUUUAUUAAUAUUUUACCAGAAGUACCGAGUGAUAUCACACAAGAAAUAGGUACAUGUGAUGCAUUAUUAUUGAAAUUACUAGCAACAAAUUAUAUUCCAAAAUCAGAGACCAAUUCAUAUUGCAGUAUUUUUAGAAAUAAGAUUCAAAAGUUAGAUACUCCAUUAAAUGAAUUGAGUUGCUCAAUAUUUGGUUCAGUAUUAGUACAAUGCGAUCUUAGAUUGGCAAUAACUAGCUCUGAGAUCUUGAGACAAUAUUAUAUGAGGUCAAAUAAACCAAAUAUAAAAGAGUUAUAUUACUUAACAACUAUACUAUCCAAUUUACCACAAGAAAUAAGUUCAGUUUUGGGUAGAGAUGAUAUAAUAGAAGAUUCUAAUGAAAUCAUUAAUGAUAAAUUAAGUAAGAUUAAAAAACAAAUCUCAACCAACCAACCAAUAGAUUUUGAGGAAACCUCAUUUUUAUUUGGAGCAAUUUCUCAGUUAAUUCGUUUAGGUUCUAGGAACUCACAGCACCUUAAAACAAUGAAUACUAUCUUGGAGUGGCAAAGUAAGAAUUCAAAGUUUUAUCCUGUUAUAGACUUAGAUACCUUUGUCUUAAAUUUCUCACUUCUCUCCAAAGCUUAUUUCUUCUUAAGAAGACCAACAGACUUUGAAGAUAUACCAAUUCUCUUGCAGCAAAUGGCUUAUAGCAUUUCUAGGAUUAAGGUUAGAGAUAUAAAAAACUUGGCAGUUUUGAAUGAAUACAUUAUCACCAGGAGACUGUUCAUUGAUUCUGGCACAUAUUUGAUACAAGGGUUCCAACACACUAAUCCCCGAGAUAUUCAUGAAAAAUUAGCUACAGUAUUGUUUUGUAGAUUAGAUGGAUCUCCUUUUGAAAAUAUAUCUUUGGAAUUAUUAAAUUCCGAUACUUUUAAGCUCAUAAGUGUACCAAAUACUUGUGAGUACCAACUUUUUUAUAACAAUAACCAGACUGAGCCAAUUAAUCUUGAAAAAGUAAAAAAUGAUUUGGCUAAUUCUAUUCCAAAGCUAAAAAUCUCAAGUAGAUCUAUUUUGGCCAGAGAAGCCAAAAUCCCAAUUCUUAAUAAAGAAAGCUCCAAGUUUGAAGUAACCAAAGCCAAUAUUUUUCUUGGUGAGAAGCUAGCUUUGGGAAUGUCUAAGAUCAAAAACAUUGAUACCCACUAUAACAGAAAUUUGGAUAACUUCCAGUUUGCUCUAGAUCUACAGACAAAUCUGGAGGUUUUCAAAUUUGAAACAGUCUAUCAGUACUUUACUGCUUUCGAAAUUAAAGCUUUGCCUCCUUAUAAAACUAUUGGUACCCGAACAAUCAAACUUAUUCCAACAAUUAUCGAGGGAAAUUCUUUAAAACUCUUCAUGGAUCUCACUAAUGAUGAUUUCCUUUGCUCUUCCUCAGAGUUCACUCUAAAACUUAUAGUCGGAAAUCCCUUGGCCAGUGAACCAUCAAACCUAGCAAAUCCUAACCAGGAGAUACUUUCUAUUUUAAUCAAUAACAACUCUACAGAUACAUCAGUUCUUAGUAAGCUUUGCCCAUACAAGAUCCACCCCAAACUUGCAGGAUUCUUUCCAAAAGAAGAAAUUUCAUAUACAUUUAAAGAACCAAGAAAACUACCUGGACCCCUCCUACCUUAUAGCUUCUCCAUUCUUAUCUUAUCCUCUUUAUUUAUUAUCUUCCCUAUUUGGAAUAAACUCUCCAAAGUUGAUCAGGGAUUCACCACCUUCACGAAUAACGUUCCAUUAAUCAAACUAGCAACUUUCAUUUCUUUGGCAAUAUCCCUUUUCAUUAUCCUCUGCUACUGGCACACACUCAAUAUCUUCCAAUUCACAUACAUAUUUACUCCAGCAGUAUGCAUCUUUUUUAUUCUCUUAAAACUUUCACUUAGAAACUUUACUUACCCAGAUACCAUCGAGAAAAGAUUCAAGUCUGACUAA